UAGAUCACGUAUGAAAAUGCAUUAGGAAGUGAUGAGAUGAGAGGAGUAGGAAAUGAAGGGAGAGGAAGUUGGGGGUGACGUGGCUAAUUUAAGAACAAGAAAGCAAAAAGAGGUGAGUUAAGAUGAGAAAGGAGAAUUUGAAGCGAGCGUGUCCACGAUGAUGGCUGCACCUAAUCUGGUGAGAUGUUACAGUUCAUAUAGAAAUGAUGUGAUGAAGUCUAAGUGGAAGUGCAAGGCGGAAGGUGAAGCUGAUGUGGUUGUGAUUGGGAGUGGGGUCGGUGGACUGUGUUGUGGAGCACUGUUGGCAAGAUACGGGGAAGAUGUGUUGGUGGUGGAAAGCCAUGACCAACCGGGUGGUGCUGCCCAUUCUUUUGAUAUCAAAGGGUACAAGUUUGAUUCUGGGCCAUCUCUGUUCUCUGGCUUGCAAUCAAGGGGUCCUCAGGCUAAUCCUCUUGCACAGGUUUUGGAUGCCUUGGGCGAGACUCUUCCAUGUGCCACUUAUGAUUCAUGGAUGGUUCACAUACCUGAAGGUCAAUUCUUGUCACGCAUUGGCCCUACGGAAUUUUUCAAGGACCUUCAACAGUACGCAGGUCCAAAUGCUGUACAGGAGUGGCGCAAACUUUUAGAUGCCGUACUUCCAUUGUCUGCAGCUGCAAUGGCUCUUCCCCCUCUCUCUAUUCGUGGAGACUGGGGUGUGCUUUCCACUGCUGCAGCUAGAUAUGCUCCCUCUCUUUUCAAAUCCUUUCUUCAAAUGGGACCUCGGACUGCUCUUGGGGCCACUAAACUUCUCAGACCUUUCUCCGAAAUACUUGAUGAUUUGCAACUCCAAGACCCUUUCGUACGGAAUUGGAUUGACCUCCUCUCAUUCUUGCUUGCUGGAGUCAAAGCUAAUUCUGUACUUUCAGCUGAGAUGGUUUACAUGUUUGCAGAAUGGUACAAACCAGGAUGCUGUCUUGAGUACCCCCUUCAUGGAAGUGCAGCUAUUGUGGAUGCUCUUGUGCGAGGACUAGAGAAAUUUGGGGGAAGAAUUUCUCUCCAAAGUCACGUGGAAAAUAUUGUUGUUGAAAAUGAUAGAGCCAUUGGAGUCAAGCUGAGGAGUGGUCAAUUCCUACGUGCUAAAAAGGCUGUUGUCAGCAAUGCAUCGAUGUGGGACACUUUAAAAUUGCUACCUAAAGAAGCUGUUGCAAAGUCUUUUUCAGAUAGGAUUAACACGACUCCUCAAUGUGAUUCAUUCAUGCAUCUCCAUUUGGGAUUUGAUGCAGAGGAUAUACCCAAUGAUCUGGGGAUUCAUCAUAUAGUUGUAAAUGACUGGAAAAGAGGAGUUGAUGCAGACCAGAAUGUUGUACUGAUAUCAAUACCUAGUGUACUUAGUCCUAAUCUGGCCCCGCAUGGGAAACAUGUGCUACAUGCUUAUAUGCCGGGAACUGAACCAUUUGACUUGUGGGAAGGACUUGAUCGUAGGAGUGCUGAAUACAGAAAUCUGAAAGCUGAAAGAUCAGAGGUAAUGUGGAAAGCUGUGGAGAGAGCAGUGGGGGGAGGUUUCAGCAGGGAGAAAUGUGAAGUGAAGUUGGUUGGAAGCCCACUAACACAUCAAAGGUUUCUUCGGAGGAACAGAGGAACAUACGGGCCAGCUGUGCAAGCUGGCAAAGAUACCUUUCCUGGACAUUCAACUCCCAUCCCACAACUUUAUUGUUGUGGAGACUCCACCUUUCCUGGCAUUGGAAUACCGGCAGUUGCUGCCAGUGGUGCAAUUGUAGCUAAUUCUUUAGUCUCAGUAUCUCAGCAUUCCAACCUGCUUGAUGCAAUUGGCAUAUGAACCCAAGAAACAAAAUCUUUUAUAUGGCUUUCCAA